CGGACGGAAUGCAGCACGGUUUGCGCAGAACAAUUUUUCUUUGUUUAUGUACGACGACGACGUAAUCGUUCUAUACAAAAACGCGAGUGAGUCACCGUAACAACACAAUUGAAGAAAACUUAUUCUAUAGGGAAAUGAACGGACCUAGUUCUAAUUAAAUUGAUUACAAGUAAUUGUAAUCAGUAUCCAUCUUAGGUUCUCAAAACGAAAAUUUGGUGUUAAUUUAAACACCCAAAUGUUAAGUGGAGCACGGAAUGUUCUUAUAAAUUAAAGAUGUCUUUGGAUAUAGAAGAAAGUCCAAUAAUUAACUCGGACAUUGACGAAAAUGUGACCAGCAGCAACCGAAACCUGAUUGUGGAAGAUCGAGAAGAAACAACAGGAUGGAUCAAAAGCCGCACAGUUCUCGGCAUCAUGGGCUUCCUGGGGUUCGCCAAUGUGUACGCCAUGAGAGUGAAUCUCUCUGUGGCUAUAGUGGCCAUGAUCAAUUCCACGGCCCCGGUGCCGUCGACAAACGAUUCCACGUUAGAUGUAUGCCCGGCUGGAAUACCCGAUAAUAGUACAGUAGUACCAAAAACUGGCGACUUUAAUUGGUCUGCUGAACAGCAGAGUAUAAUUCUAGGCUCUUUUUUCUAUGGAUAUGUGCUGACACAGGUCCCCGGAGGCCGUAUAGCCGAGCUAUUCGGCGGUAAACUAGUAUACGGUGUUGGCGUCCUAUUGACAGCCCUAUUCACCAUCCUUAGCCCAAUCGCCGCGUACACGGACUUCAAAUUCUUCAUCGCCGUAAGAGCGCUCGAGGGUUUGGGCGAAGGUGUGACCUAUCCAGCUAUGCACGCUAUGCUUGCUCGGUGGAUCCCGCCUAUGGAGAGGUCGAAGUUUGCUGCGUAUGUUUAUGCAGGCUCAAACUUCGGCACAGUGAUCUCACUACCCAUAUCGGGGUGGCUAUGCACCCUUGACUGGGGCGGCGGGUGGCCGCUUUGUUUCUACCUAUUUGGGGGUCUUGGAGUGGUCUGGUUCAUCGGAUGGAUGUUCCUGGUCUAUGACUCGCCGCAGAGCCAUCCAAGAAUAUGUCCGAAGGAGAUUGAGUAUAUUACGCAAAGUAUAGGACCGCAAGAAGAUAAAAGGGGUAUGGCCAUACCAUGGAUGAAGUUCCUGACCUGUGUUCCGCUGUGGGCUAUUUUAAUCGCACAAUGCGGGCAGUCCUGGCUGUUCUACACGCAGCUGACAGAGCUGCCGAGCUACAUGAACAAUAUACUACACUUCGACAUAGUGUCUAAUGCCAGGUUAUCUGCAAUCCCGUACUUCACGUCGUGGGUGGCCGGUAUCAUCAUCAGUAUCUUCGCCGACUGGCUGUUGGCCAAGGGAUUCAUCUCGCGGCUAAACAGCAUGAAACUCUGGAACACAGUCGCCGCGUUCAUCCCUGCGUUUGGGCUGCUGGGCAUAGCCUGGGCGGGCUGCGACCGCACCGCUGUAAUGCUGUUGCUUAGCAUCACCUCCGCCUUCGGAGGCGCAGUCUACGCCGGUAAUCAGAUGAACCACAUCGACCUGUCGCCUCAGUUCGCGGGCACGAUGUAUGGCAUCACCAACGCAGCGAGUAAUCUCUGCGGGUUCCUAGCGCCAUAUGCCAUAGGUCGCAUCAUCAGUAGUGACCAGCAAACGCUGGGCCAGUGGCGCGAAGUGUUCUACUUGGCUGCGGCCAUUGACCUCGGGGCCAAUCUCUUCUACUUAUUCUUCGCUAGCACUGAGGAACAGGACUGGUCACUGCCGGAAAGCGACGACAUGACCGCCUCGGCGCCCGUCGAGAGCAUCAUGUACCCCGAGUCGUAGGGCUUCGCCUCGUUCCACGCCGGCGACGCGCAGGUGACACUCUGUGCGCACACUUAGCAGAACACACGAGUUAGCCCUUGUUACGGCAACGUCUAAAGACGCCACUGUUUUUGUCCAACGGGUCAAAAGAUUUA